UACACACUGUUCUGAGUGUUUUAAAGGGAACAUCUUUUCAUCUUUAAUAUACUUGCAGUGCUUCCUCAUUAUUGAACACAGCUGGGUCUGAAAGGGGUAGCCUCCUGUUUUGCAGCACACCUGUCAGAGAAGACUCGGCAUUAGUAAAGAAAUGGAUCAAAACCACCAGAGAGGAGCCCCUCAAAAUGCUAUUCCAGUUGGUGCCUUCAGGCAGGGUGAUGUUCCUACUAUAGAGCGAGGAAUCAUCAGUGGAGACAACGUCCAGUUUGGGAGGCUGCGGCACCGCUCACGUUUGUCCCAGUCGGAGAGCUCUGGGGCAGAAGAGGAGCGCCUGGGCUCCUCCGUGGAGGCCAGCAGUUCACAUGGCCGUAGUCCUGUCCUCCAGGGUGUGCAAGCAGAGGCUAUGUCAUCGUACAACCGCAGUGCUUUUGAGCAUGCUGAGAGCAACUACCAGCGAUGGCUUGUGGCUAAUGGCAACGGGCCGCUGUCAUCCUCUCCACGGAGCCCCAACACCAGAGCACCUUUGACCUUCCACUCAAGACGUGCCCAUGGUCAACAACAGGAUCAGGAGCACACUAUCACCACCGUGAAGGCCUCUGGUACUCCUCACCGUCAGUUCAUUAGAGGCCGCAAUCGCGCCUCCUCUGAGACCGAGCAGGGGAGCAAAGGCAGCAAGGGACCACACCUGAGGAAGAGAGGACUCUCUGAGACGGAAAGCAGGCCCAAAUGGGACAAGUAUGACACCUCUCACACAGGGAAUGGGACAUGAUGUUUGUGUUUGUGUGCGUGUGUGUGUGUUGUUUACGAUGACUGACUAUGAUAUUAUAUAUUUUGUCUGUCGCACUUCAGUUAUGCUAACUUAAGUUUCAGCUUUAAAGCUGGGGGAAUUUGUUGGUAGCCAUGUCAGUCUAACAAAUGUUGUAAUGUAUGACAAUGUAAAGUGUGAAUAGUAAACAGGUCUGUCAUUUGUAUGUUUAAUAAAGUGGGUCACUGCUUUACUGGGGGGGGUGGCAGGCAGUGGCUGACCUUUUGUUCCAUAAUCCAGACUUUGCAGAUGAAGCAGCUCUUUUUGUGUGGGGAAUUUGUAGCUGUCUGCUGCAGUAAUCCAUCGCCAAAUGAUUAGGAGGUGAAAUGUUUUUCAAAGGUUGUAAUGGUCAGUGUCUGUUUAACUUUUUUUUUUUUUUUAAAUGAUUCCCCCUUACUGUUUUCACGUUGUCUAUACAACUAGAAAAUGUCUGAGUUAGAUUUGUCUCUUCCCAUUCCACCUCCAACUCCACUUGUGGUUCUGCAUGCUUUUGUAACCUGUCAUUUGGCAAAGUUACAGUCAAGCACCAAGUCAUGUUACAUCAUUUACAUCCCUGAUUGUGCUGCUUGUAACACCUAAAACGUACUCAUGACUGAUGGUUAAGAGAAAAACUGUCAAAUACUGACCACAGUUUUAUGGGUUAUCCUAUGUCCUCAUUGUUCUACUUUCUUUUCUCAGUUCCAACAUGAGUGGACUGCAGUGCCUCGCCA